AUGUCAUUGCCACAGCUGUCGAGCGGUAUCUGGGAUCUUGUGCACAUCAUAUUACCUCAUCCGUCAGUCCAGCACUGGCAGGUCAAGGAUACCGGUGACGGAGGACUGAGUACAUAUCUGCCUGGCUGGCCAUCCUUGGACAGUGGCUGCAGAUUGGAGGUAUUCUCGGGACAGCAGAACAAUACCACUGAAUCUCACGCGCAAGUGGCUGAGGAUGAUCUAUCGAAGCUGCCGAGUCAGCUACAGGCACGCUGCCAUUGCGGAGGGAUUGAAUUCUAUAUCACCCCUCCAGACGCAUCAUCAUUGCAGGCCUGGUCGCCCUUCUCUGACUUGCUGGUCCCGUACUUCUCCGGACCCGGCACUAAUCCUGACGAUGUCAAGUGGUGGCUGCGAGAUGGUAACACUAAAUAUCUUGCGGGCACCUGUGCCUGCAAAUCCUGCCGGCUGGGAUGCGGCUUUCCUAUCCAGACCUGGGCAUUUAUACCAAAGUCCAACAUCUUCAACACAGAUGGAUCACCGCUAGCUUUCAAGGGUAAAACGGUGCAGCGAUACAAUAGCUCUCCGGGCGUGUACCGGGAGUUCUGUAAGGUUUGUGGAGCCAAUGUUUUCUGGCAUUGUGAUGAACGGCCGGAAUUAAUCGACGUGAGUGUGGGAUUGCUUCGGGGGAACGGUGCGCGUGUAGUGAACCUGCUGGACUGGGCUCCGGACCGUGUUAGUUUUGCUGAAAUGGCAGCCCAAAAAGAUCUGGUGAAACUGUUGGAAGAUGGAUUGGCGAAACUGUCCAGGGCCGAUUGUGUAUAG